CGUCUGACCGCCGGUGGGCGAGUCGGGGUGUGUCUGCGAGCUAGGGAGCGUGCGUUUCAACCACCGAGGCGAAGGCGUCUCUCCACUGAAUGAUAAAAUGCAGCAGAAUCGAAAACUGACACUUUUUCGACAGUAACCUGACACUUGUUUAUCGGUUUGGUUAGACUGCGUUGGAAACAUGAAGAAACACCAGAGCCCGGCCAAGCUACCAGUUGAAGUCAGUGUGCCAGACAGCGAAGCUACUGUGCAACAACUCAACGAGCUAUUGUCAAACGGCAGCGGAUUCUACAGCUUACCAGCACAACAUUUCAACGAGGUGUUUCCCCGGAUUUAUAUUGGCAACGCGUUUGUGGCCCAGAAUGUGAUGCGCUUGCAGAAGCUGGGGGUGACGCACAUCCUCAACACGGCGGAGGGUAACUCCUUCAUGCACGUGAAUACCAAUGCAGAGUUCUAUGCAGGGACCGGCAUCACGUACCAUGGCAUCAAGGCCAACGACACAGAACAAUUUGACCUCAGUGCCUUCUUCGAGGAGGGGGCAGAGUUUAUCGACAAGGCCCUGUCUGGGAAAGGGAAAGUAUACGUUCACUGCCGAGAGGGCUAUAGCCGCUCUCCCUCCAUUGUCAUCGCAUACCUCAUGCUCCGCCACAAGAUGGAUGUGAGGGUUGCCGUGGCGACCGUGCGACACAAGCGGGAGAUUGGACCCAACGACGGGUUCCUUCGCCAGCUGUGCCAACUCAACGAGAAGCUGGCCAAGGAGGGCAAACUCAAGACCAAAUGAGAGGAGGACCCUGGCACUCUCACCUGCCCCUCCCCCCUCCCUCCUCUCCCCUCCUGGGGCUUCCCCCAGUCCUGCCUGAGUACCACCACUGGGCUGUGUGGGGACUCUAAUCUGCACCAGGCCAGCUGCAUAUACACAAAUACACACACACACACACACACACACACAUUUUGUGUGUCUACACAAAAAACACAUGUAUAAUUUAUACAGGUACUCCAACACCACAGACAUAUACAGUUUACCAACUUUAUAUAAUAAUCCCGUAAUCAUUUUAUAUCAUUAGCAUUCUAACUUCUCACCGUGCCGGUGUGGCAGGGUGGGUGUACAGUACGUAAGCUUCAGUGAAGGGAUGGGGAAGCAGCCUUCUCAUUCCUCCAUCUCUCUCUCUCUCUCUCUCUGCUUUUGAUCAUGAUUACUCCCCCCCCCCCCCACCCUUCUUGUAUAUCACCUCACAAAGAGCCUCCACAGGUACAGCGCAGUGAUCGUCACUGUCCCGCCUGUUUCGCAUUCCUAUGAUCACAGUUGAGUAUGUGUCGCAUUGUCCAAUUUUGGAGCUUGAAGGCCCAGACACCUAUAGAAACUAUAGAUUAUAGCACAAUCAUUCCAUGGGUUUCCCACUGCCGUUCCCUUACCCCAUCCGUGUAUGGAGGGCCACAACGUCAAAGGCACCUAUAACACAACAGGAGUGUCUGUUGGCCUCCUUUCGAAAGAGCACCAAGAUUUUUUUUUUCCAUCACGUAACACAGGGUCAGUGCUGUUUUGCGGUAGACGGAAGACUCGAAACCUCAUGAGAAAAAGUAAUUUCUCUCUGUCACGUAUUUUUAACUCACAUUCUUCCAGAAACUAGGUUAGAUAAGUUGGAAUCCUCAGAGGGUUUUCUAGAAAUCAGACUGUCUGCGCUGAUAGUCCUCAGUUAAUAAUUAGGCCUGGCCCAGAACCUGCCCUUAGUGAGGAGACAAAAAACAUUCCAUGCUGGGUCAUAAAGGAGCCCCUAGCCUCUGCCUGCACACAAUACAGUAUGCAUCACAACAAACCUGAAUCCAUCGGUGCGUUCAAAUUCGACAGCGAAUGUUCGUGCUGGACAUGUUUUCUCUGAACAGUUCAAUUUGAACGAUUUGGUGUAAACAUUCCAUUGUACAACAGUAACACUUCUUCCAGCUCACGUCUAGCUCCACUGUAUGUUAGCAGAGAUCUACCUUCUCAAACGGUUUGCGACUGUUCGCCUAUGUUUGCGAAUUUGAACGUACCAUAACUAGCCAGUUCUAUGCAGAAGUGACAUUGCUAUUGCCUCAACUACGCCAAUACAUCAGUUGUCUACAUGGUCUGGCACGAUUGAGUAGAAAGCCACAGCCUUGCCAUGCUAGUUAGUCACUGCCAAAAUGCAACACUAAAUGACAAGGUCCAGGGUUUUAAGUUGAAUUCCCAUCUUCUGCUGAAAUAGUAGCAGACUCUCCAUUACUGUUAAACUCCGACAAUCAUUUUGACAUGUCCCAGUAUACUCAUAUAGACCCUUUCAACUGUAAAAAACACACAGUUGUGUUCCUAAGACAUUUACCGUGGAACAGAAAACCGUUUUAGAGUCAACAUUUUGUAGAGCAUUACGCUAAAAGUCCAAUUGAAACGGUCUAUACAGUAUGCAAGGUUAUACAAUAUAUUUGUUUUACUUGACCAUUAACAAAGUCUUACCAAAAUCAUUCCAGUAAAGUUUUAUUACAUCUUGAAUCCAAUUUAAUUUAAACUAAAAGUAAUUUUUUACACUGAGCCUUUUUUAGUGAUUCUGUGCAUUCUCAAUAUUUUUUAACAGUAUUUCAGCAAAGUUACAAAUGCCACAAAUUCUUUAACAUGGAAAAGGACUCACUGCUUUGAAACAAUGAAUUAUGUAGGAGUACUUUUCUAUGGUAUGCAUGUAUUCUGUAGGAUUUGCUUUGAGAAUUUCGCAUUUCAACAUUUUUGUUUGAAAAGCAAGGUCCCAUUCACCGCCAUUGUGAGUUGUUUCCCAUCAACAUAUUUUCUUGUCUGUUCAAAGUAUAUAGAAAUGUGCCAAAAUAAUUGUCGGGGGCAUUGGUCAGUAUGCCAUUAAAGCAGCACCUACCAUUAAGUAUAAACCUGUCCUUUAAAGGAAACAUCCAUUGAAUCACUUCAAAUCACUGUCCACACAAGAUCUCCCAAAACCUGCAAACCCACCAUUCACCCAAUGCUGCCUUGGUCCAUUUGCAUAACUUAUCAGAUUAUGGUCUAAAACCUUUGCAUAGGGAGAAACCAGAUUUUCUGGUUGAAAGUGAACGGGGAAUGUUUUGGUGACGACAAUAGAAAGCAGUUUCAUUUUACAUCUGACUAUGAUAUAACUGCUAGUUGUUGGAGAUGUCAAAUUCUCAAUAGAAAGGAUGUUACAUAGCUUAUCUCCGUAGUGGACUCGAUACGUUUGAAUAAGAGAUGUUAGAUAAAGGGUUCUUUGUUAAUGACAUAUGAGUUAUGAGCUGACCUUGUAAUUUCGAGCAUUACUUGGAUUGAAACUCAUGAACUAUACAAGCGGGAUGUGAACAGGAUGAUACCAGUGGAACGUUUCCAGACCAUAAUGAACACAGUGAACGUGGGUUUGGUAGAGUGAGAGUAUAGGGAAGUAGUCCCCACAUCCCCACCUUGUGUCUCAUCUUAAGUCUUAAUGUCCUCUAGAGGCAUCUAGUACUUUUGAAGACAGGAUGGAUGGAUGCACGGUACGAGUAGUGCACAGUAUAACACGAGCGAGUCAGAGUAUCAAAAUGGCCUCUUCCCUGAGGGGUGUUUUGUCCUAACUGUCUGGCCUCGCGAGGGCAAGAUAGCACAGUGGCGAUGACCCAUAGCCUCAGUGAACAUUCCGUCUUGAUCAGAGAAGCACUAACGCGAGGGCCCAGCCAGUCCCUUCCUACAUGACAACCAGGAUCACUUCCAUUUGGAUUGAGUGCACAAAAAAAAAGAGGGAUCGGCCAAUCAGUUCACCCACGUCAGAUCGAUUGAACUUGUGACCAAAGGCCCCCAUGGCUGAUUUGUGUGUUCGCAAUGAUCUAGGGUCCUUCAUAAAUCACACAUCCCCACACCACUUGCCACACACACACACACACACACACACACACACAUGCACAGCACACACACACCACUCAAUUUAAGUUCUGCCACAAGGCACAGUAUAGCCUAGUACUCUUCUUCAUAUACAUGUACAGAUAUAUACAUAUAGAUAUAUACAUGUAUAUACAUAUUUAAGUGUUGACAUAUAUGAAUGUAUAAUAAAUGUAUCUAUAAUGUAUAGGUAUUAUCAGUACAUGUGUUAGUUGGUUAAGGUAAAUAUUCAGCAUAGUCUCUGUAGCUUAACCUCACAUUAUAGUGUUAUAACUUUCACCACCAAAUACUGCUUCCACUUAAACAUCAUCAUAACAUGUGAUUACUUUCCACACAUCAUAUCGUAUAUAUAUAUAUAUAUAGUGCCUGUUUUAUAUAUGUGUCAAAACUAUCAAGAAAACAUCACAAUUCCUGUUUUUUAUUUGUUAUUUUAUAUGUGUAUGUCAGCAGAUGUUAAUAUAAAUGGUGAUGUUAAGCUUUGUGUUAUAAUUGUGAUGUUUUUAAAGGUAUCAUAUGUCUCAUUUGUAGUGACCAUGGUGAUGAAUGAUCAUCAGUAAUGUCAGUAAGAGGGCCCACUGUACUGUAAGUCUUCCCUGAAGACUUAGGACAGCCAUGGGCUACAGUAUGUCUACAUUUGAUCUCACCUAUCAUCGAUGCUGCUUUUCAUUGCUGCACAAAAAUGUUUAUUUUCCGAGAAACAACUAAAUUAAACUAUACAAUACAAAACGUAUACAAAUACACACGCUCUAUAAACAUUCCUGUAUAAUCUGGAGACAUAGGCUUUGUACAACCUAUAUGACUGUAGUUAUAUAUACCAUAACACGUGUGCCCUCUCGCACAAAUUGUAUACAGUGAACGAAUAAGGAUUGUUUGUGCCAAGUGAAGCGCCAAAAUGAAUGGAUAGACAUAAAUGUUUACAGACAUGUUCUUUUCAAAUUUUGAAGAUGAACUCGGCCCUAUAACUUUUCAUGUCCAAGUGACAAGUUAUACCCGAGGAUGAUUUCUGUUAGGUAAUAAAGAGGACACUCAGUCAAUUAGACUUAAGACACCAUUUCUGAACUUUUGGUCUAAGAUGGCAUCUAUCUUUUAUUCAUGUUGGGUUUACUAGUGUCACAGAGAUCUUUGAGUCAUUGGAUAAUAGAUGACCAAUGUAUUAUUUAAAACAUACCGUUUGGUUAGGGUGAAUGUUCACCGGCUAGAACAUGAAUUCUUCGAUUGGAUUGUGUGGUUCAACAUGAUUGUACUUAGAGUGAUAUUGUUUACGGUGAACGCCCUUACCUAGAUGAUGUAACUGGUGGAAGAUGCAACACUGCCACCUACUGUUGACCAGCUCUAGCUUGCACAAAAAUCCCUGAAUAAGUUUAUUGUCAAUUAUACUUAACUAAUCUGAUUAUUCUUCUUACUUGAUCAUUCAAUCCAGUUUGUUUUCUCUUAUUCUUUAUUUUGAUGACAUUACAAGAAAGGUCAGCUUUUUUUCUGGUUGCUUGCAGUUUGUAUUCUCGUAACAGCAGUGUCAAAUUCCCCCUUUGAGAGUAACAUCUUUCAUUAAUUAAGUUUUUCCUAUAUAACAAAAUUCCAUUUGGCUGAAAAUAGGUCGGGUUUUUUUUAUGAUUUCCUGUGAAUUCCUGUCUAAAAGCUAUUCUUAUUUAAAUGUAUCCCAUGUUUACACAAUACUCUGGACUGAAGCUGCACUCAGAACUUGGCUUCGGUCACAACCUGCACAUGCACAAGUUGCAUAAUUACUGAAUUCAUUCUCUCACACGAAAGCUAAAUCCCAAACUGAUACCCCCCCCCCCCCCCCCCACCCCAAUUUAAGUUUGACAUUAAUUUGUAUUGGGUGCAUAAGCCCAGCUCCAACAUCUCUGUGUGUGUCCACUCGAACGCACCACAUGACGUCAGUCUACACUGCUGUACAUUUUGAUAUGACAGCACCACCGUGCAGCAGGUUACUCUGACCUCCCAUCAUGACGACAGCUCUCACAUCUGCAGGGGAUUGAGCCCAAGUAACCUCAACGGCCCUCCUCCAAUAAUAAGGCACCUGACAUGCACUCCCAGCACCCCCAAACACACAACCACUAAUCACAAUAUUACUUUGAUGUUACACAGAUGUUUGACGUUAUGAAGCAUUUGGACACUGUAUGACUCAAGAAUUUAGGCAUAUAACUCCAGUGUUGCGAAGGUGAUUUUGAAAUGGUACAAACGCAAGACAAGUGGUAUGAACAGGGAAUGCAUUGACACAAAAAGGAGCUGUUCUCACCACAUUCCACCUUAAAGCCUUAUACGGAAGACUGAUUUUUUAUAUUUAUAUUUUUGAUUUAUGUAUCCACGACUCACCAAGCGAACAGGACAGCUCCUCCACAGAUAUAUAGACAAUGUUUGUUGAAGUGCACUUGAUUUCAAAUGCCAAUGUUAUUUUUUUUACCCGGGAAAGUUCUUUUGUCUUCUUUCUUAUGUUGAACAAUAAAUGGCUAAAACAACAAA